ACAAAAAUCUUUAUAGAAUCCUUUCUUCUUUUAUGCUUUCCAGUUAGAUAAUGAAGAGCAAAUAACGAAUAUGUUUUGGGCUGAUGCCCAAAUGAUUAAGGAUUAUGCCUAGUUUGGUGAUGUUGUCACUUUUGAUACUACUUACAAGUUAAACAAAGAACAUAGACCCUUCGCGUCUUUUGUGGGAUUCAACCAUCAUAGGGAAACAGUUAUAUUUGGUGCAGCCUUGUUGUAUGAUGAGACCGCCGAAUCGUUUGUAUGGUUGUUUCAAAAUUUUCUAGAGGCUAUGUCAGGAAAGGCACCAAAAACGUUGUUCACUGAUCAAGAUGCUGCAAUGGCUAAAGCCAUACCCAUCGUUAUGUCGGACACAAGUCACCGUUUGUGUACUUGGCAUUUGAUGCAAAAUGCAUUCAAACAUGUUAAUUGUUUGUUCCAAGAUAAGGGGGUAAAGGGUGUACUAAAUAAGUUCUUCUUUGACAUUGAAGAUGCAAAUCAAUGGAAGUUAGAGUGGGCGGAAAUGCUUGAUAAAUAUGAUGCGCAUGAAAACCAUUGGUUAAAAUUGACAUUUGCGGUGAAAGAAAAAUGGGGUUGGCCAUAUGUUAGAUCAACAUGGGCUGCGGGAAUGAGUACCACACAACUUAGUGAAUCUUUUAAUGCUUUUUUGAAGGAUUACAUUCGUUCUGAUUUUAACUUAAAUGAAUUCUUCAUGCAUUUCGAAAGGGUACUUUACGAGAAGCGAUACAAGGAGUUAGAACCAGGAUAUGCUUUGUGCCAAAGGUUGCCAAAGGUGAAAGCAACAAUAAGAAUGUUAAUUCAAAUGGGUAAUGUUUACACAAAAAACAUAUUUGAAGAAUUUCAAAAUGAGUACUUUCGAUCCAUUGAAUCGGACAUAGAAGCAAUUGAAUAUGGCGAGGCUAGUACCAUUUACACAGUUGUUGAUGUUGGUAACAAACAUGCACGGAAAGUGAAGAUGGAGAGGGAUGGGUCAUUGGGUUGUAAUUGUACAAAGUUUGAAAGGGAAGGAAUCUUGUGCUGUCACUCAUUGAAGGUUAUUAGAGACAUAUUGAAGAUGAAAGAGGUUCCUCCACAAUACAUUCUAAAGAGGUGGACGAAACAAGCAAGAGCCGAAACUGUGAAGGACAUUAAGGGGAAUGACAUUCAAGUGGAUGUGAAAUUCCAACAAGCCUCGCGGUAUAAGACAUUGAUGACCGCAUUUAGAGCACUAGCAAGUAGAGCUGCUGAAACUGAAGAAACUUAUGAUUUUUGUGUUGCACACCUUGCUACAUUAGGUGCAAAUAUUGAAGGCAAGUUAGGUGCUCUUUUUGGUGCUGGAAAUGAAGUAAGUAAUGAUCAUGACACCCAAAGCUUUGAAGUCGAUUGCGAAGAUGUGAAUCAUGUUGUGCAACCAAAAGGAUUUAAGAAAAAACUGGCAACUAGUAAGGGCAAAAGGAGGGUAAAAGGUGGAUUCGAAGUGGCGUUGAUAGCGAACUCCAAAAAAAAAUCCCGUGCUAACAGCUUCGCUUCGUCACAAUCUAUUGCAAGUCCAACAGUUGCACCUUCUACAUUAUCUGUUGGAGGAGAGAUCUAUGUUCGUCAAGAUGUUCCUCCUCUUCAACCUCUUCCUCCCCGUCGUCAUUUUCCUCCAUCUUUGCCCAUGGGUGGUAAUUCUAUUCCUCCGUCAUUGAUGAAUCCCACAUAUCAUGACAUGUACGUAGUGCAUAAUUCAGUGCCAAAUUUAAUGCCGCAACGGUAUCCUACUGAACCAACAUUCCAGUCACUACUUCAAGGUUCAUAUGGAUAUGACAUUGGGUUUCGAUAUUCUCAAGAAUCAAACAGUCCAAUGUGGAGUCAGGCCAUGGACAAGCACAAAGACAAGCAAACUGAAAAUGAAAAUGGCAUGCAAAGUGAAGUGAUACCAUCUCAAAUUGUGAAGCAAACUCAUGCUGAAUUGGUGCACAAAUUUUGAUGUUGC